AUGGCUUCAGAGGCCAUGGAGGAUGUGCAGCCAGGGGAAAAGAGGCCUGCGCUUGACAUCGAGAGCCUGAAGCGCAAGAAGUUCAAGGCUGAGGACCUCCCUUUGUCCGCGGCGCAACACGCUGCCAUUGACAAACUCCUGCACUCGUUCAAGAAGAAGGGCGGAUUCGACAGUAUACGGAAACAAUUAUGGGCUGAUUUCAACGAGGGCGAAUCGAAGUCCAUGUUCACCGACCAAUUGAUCGCGCUCGCCGAGUCGGAGAUCGAACGCGAACCGGCGCAUCUCUCGCGAGAGAGAGGUAAAGCCGCGACACUUAUUGAGGGUGCUGUCGACCGUGGCGACGUUUAUAAAAAUGUGGAGGACUCCAUCGACCGACUUGCUUCGAAGCACCUUGAUGCAAUUAUGGAUACAGUGCGCGCCAUCCGUCGUCAAGAGAUUGGAGAAGAUGCGGCUGCCAAAGAAGAGCAGGCUGGCUGCAAAACAGACGACGCCUACGACGCCCAUGUCAAGGAAAAACGGGAUGCGCGCGAAGAAGUCUAUCGUGAGGAGAUGCGCAAACAAAAAGAAAUCGAAGACGAACAGAAACGUAUUCGAGCUGAAGAAUUACGAAAGAAACGAGAAAUCGAACGCAAAAAGGAGGAUGAAGAGCGAGCCCGAAGAAAAGAGAUUGAUGACCAACGACGGGCCGAGCGUGAGCGCCUGCGUGAUGAACAACGUGCUCUUGAUGAGCAGCGAGAUCGCGAACGAGAUGAAAGGUGGCGCGCGCCGCCGGUGGACGAGAAAUCACUCGAGGAGGCCGCUUUGCAGAUGCUUUUGAAGGAGGGCGAAGAGCUUGCAGCAAAGGCGCGACAAAAGCCAGAGUUUGACUUUGAAGAGGCGGAAGCUAUCGAAAAUGGACUCAAGCCAGGGAGCCAAUGCCGGAUCGAACCCGGAAUCCGGACAGGGGGCGAAGUCGAAGCCGCAGCCGUUCUCAUCGCCGAUAUGCAUCUCAUUAUGACCCGAACCGCCGUCGAGACCGGUCUCGGGAUGCUUCAAUUAGACCGCGCGACCGUGACGUGGACGAGCGUCCUGGACUCCGCGACUUUCGCGAACGCACUCAUGAUGAGCGAAGCUGGCGGCCAACGCGUCGCAGCCGCAGUCGUAGCCGAUCUGUUGGCCGGGGAUGGGACAGGGAUAGUAAACGUGAGCGAGAUCGUCCCCGCUCAAGAUCUCGUGAACGUGAUCAUGACCGCCGGCGGCAUGAUCGCAGCCGAGACAGAAGUCGGGAUCGUGACCGUGAUGAGCCUCGCCGCCGCGCUCGCUCCCCGACUCAUCGACGCUCACGUAGUCGUCGAUCACGUUCCCGCGUUCGAGAAACUCGGGAUCGUGAGCGAGUGA